AUGGACGGCCACAACCAACAACGCCCACCUAAUUCCAAGGCGGCCGGUCUCAACAACAUUCUCAAUAGCGACCACGCUCCAGGCCACAUCCCAAACGGCCCUCCUCACACGCGGGAUUCGGGGUUCUACUCCAACGGAGACGCCUCCAACACAUCUGCUGCCUCUUUUAAUGUAAACGGUCUCAGCCCAAGCGGUUCUGGCUACCAGUCUUCGUCGCACGAUAAGACCCCUUCGCCGAUUACUUCCAACAUGGUCCCCCAGGGAGCUAUAUCGCCGCCAGCAACUAACAUGAGCGUCGCCGCGAUCGUAUCCCCCAACCCGCCCGGCAGCCUCGAUCCAUGUCGUGACCGACCCACGUCAAUCGAAUCCAACGGUACCGGUCAUACAAUUGGCGACACGUUGACACCAGGAAUGGCUGCGCUGAGGCGGGAAAGUGUCGACAGUCGCAUCAACCAAAACUUCAGUGAUAUGCGUCUUGGCAACAACUCUCCCUACGCCUCCAACAAUCACUCAACUAGCUCGAUACAAAACACCCUUCACAGCCAACGGAAUCCCCACCUCUUAUCUAAUCGAAUCUCCAAUGGCUACCAACCCAACGCAGAGCGAAAUCCUGAGACCAAGACUGUUAAGACGGCGCCUGCUAUUACCGGUCCAGCAACGGGGCACAUUGCCCGAGCAGCAGAACCCACCAAAGGUCAAGCAUGGGCUUUCCCUGAAGAGGAGAUUCAAAGGGUCGGCGGUGAUCUUACGUUCACUGACUCAAGGCGCAGCAGCGUUACCGAGUCGAUCGCGAGCAGCCAGUUCACGACCGAGUCGCGCCUGCCCGCUGGUCAACUAAGACUGGAGAGUGAGUACUCUCGCAUGUCCAGUGCCUCGGACUUCCUACCUGUCCAUCACCACUCUAUGCAACACAAGCAACUGAGUGACCUCCAGGCGGAGGAAGGGAAUGGGCCUACAGGAUCACAGCCCUAUAGUAGAACUCCGGAAUUGAGAGUCAGCCACAAGCUCGCGGAGCGCAAGAGGAGAACGGAAAUGAAGGAAUUGUUUGACCAGCUUCGUGAUCUUAUGCCGCAGGAGCGAGGCUCCAAGGCCUCCAAGUGGGAAAUAUUGACAAAAGCCAUCGCCGAGCACCAGAAGCAGCAGGAACAUAUCAGGCUGCUCCAAAAUCACUACAACUCGGCGGCAGCGGAGAAUGAAAUUCUCCGCCGGGAAGUUCAUGGGCUGCGGGCGGAAAACACCCAGCUUAGAGGAUCUCCAUCUUCAGCACCAACGCCAGCUUCUGGACCUCCCUCUACGACUUAUCAAACGGAACGUUACGCCAGCUCGAAUGGGCCAGAGCUGCCACCUAUCCGGUCCCUGAGCAACAAUAUGCCCAACGGACCAGAUUCAAUGACUGGUGUUCAGUACGAAAACCCCCAAAGUAAUGGAUAUCGUCAGGAGAGAUUCUGA